UACGCAGGUGGCAGAGUAUAUCACUCAGCAAGUGACCUAGAAAGUUUCAAGACUCAAGAAACGACAUCGUUAGGGAAACUGCGAUAGCUCCCAGUGAAUUAGGAUUAGGGUUUGGGUGUGAGAGAGAGAGAGAAUGGGAGGUAAGGGACAGAGACGGAGAGAGAAGAACUACAAGGCGGCGCACGGUGGCUACAGCGGCCUCCCUCCACCACCUGUUCUUUCCCAACUCGAUGCCUUGCCGUCAAAACUCCGCCAACUCAUCUCUAUCACUCGGCACCAAAACGGUGCUACUGCCGCCUCAGAACUCAAGAAAAAAGAUGAUGGGCAUGCCCAAAAUGUGGAUACUAGUGGACAAUUGAAGGCAACUCAACAUUCUGAAAAUGGUCAUGAACAGCUUAUUCCAAGUAGUGCAAAUGAUAAGAAAAAGAAAAAAAGAAAGAGAAAAGAAGUUAAAGAUCUCAGGUUUCUAGCGGAAAUGGAUAAAACGAGAUCCCAGUUAAAAAAAAAGGAGCGUAAGAAAAAGUAUUUGGAAUCAAAAAAGAAGAAGCACAAAAAGAUCAAUGAAGAAGAUGAAUUGGACUUUCCUGGACAUGAAAAGAUAAAAUUUGGAGAUGUAGUACAAGCCCCACCAAAGUUAGCUGCCAUUCCAAGGGCAUUCAAGAAUACUCAAGAUGCUUAUCAGGAGAGACUGAGACUCCAGGCUAUUGAGGCAUACCGGAGUCGCAACAGAUGGUCAUCAAGGCCAGGAAGUCACCUUCCACCUCUUGCGCCUACAUCGGACCCUUGAACCCUUGAACCAUUUGCUGCAUGUUGUCAAACAUACUCUGCUUAGAGUCUUUUCAAGCUGCAGAUAAUGCAUUGCCUGAAUAAAGAAGACAACAUCCUGGUUCUUUCAUUUUUCUUCAUACGAGAUGAGUUUUUUCUUCAUUCAGAGCCAGAGGCAAUUUGUCAUUAGUUAUAUUAUGAUCCAUGAAAAGCCAAUAACUGAUAGGAUAGCUAACUUUUGUUAAAAUUUAAAGGAUAAUAUUUUCUUGGAAUGAGGUUACUGUUUAAAUGAUUUAUGUUCUUUAA